UGCCCGUGGGGCGGAAGAAAGAGCUGUGGAGACUCGGCCUCGGGGCUGCUGGGAGGCUGGCGCUCGCGAGACCGUGACGUCUUCGUUGAGCGCGGUCCUUGGGCUUUUGGUGGACUGACCGGUAGUCGGACGAUCUUUAGGCUCACCAUGGAUGAAACUGUGCCAGGCCCCGCACCUGAAGGUGCAGACAGCCGUGUGACAGUGAAGGAGGAGGACUGCCCCUGGGAGCAGGUGUGCAGCUCUUGGGAAAGCAGCUGCCACGCCCAGGAGCUGUGCCGCCUGCGCUUCCGGCAGUUCUCCUACCGGGAUGUGACUGGGCCCCGCCAGGCUCUGGCCCAACUCCACGAACUCUGCCGCCAGUGGCUGCGGCCCGAGACCCACAGCAAGGAGCAGAUCCUGGAGCUGCUGGUACUGGAGCAGUUCCUGACCGUCCUGCCCGCGGAGCUCCAGGCCUGGGUGCGGGAGCACCAUCCGGAGAGCGGGGACGAGGUGGUGACGGCGCUGGAGGAUCUGGAGAAAGACACAGGACAGCAGGCUUCUGUCUAUACUCGGGGACAGGACAUGCACUCGUUGGUGACAGAGUAUCAGGGAGCCUCUUCAGAAUGUCAGAGCCUCCAGCUCCUGCCCAGGGUAACUGCCUUGAAGUGUGAACCUCCAGAGCUCUGCCAAGAGAACCCCGGAGAAGUGAGUGCUGAAGAAGCUGUGAGUAAAGAUGGAUUGUUUGAUGCAAAGCAAGAAACUUUUGAAGAAAUACAGCAAGGUGCUGAGGCCUCAGGAGCACCCAACAGAGAUUGUAUGCCCCAGCCACCUGGUACCUCAGUCUGUACUGACAGGACAGUUGUACAUACGAACACCCUGAAGGACCGUCACCCAGGUGACUUGUGGGCCCGAAUGCACAUCUCCUCCUUGGAAUAUGCUGCAGGAGACAUUACCCGAAAAGGGAGAAAAAAGGACAAAGCUCGAGUGAGUGAACUGCUCCAAGGCCUUGCAUUUUCUGGUGACUCAGAUGUAGAAGAAGAGAACAAGCCUGAGACCCACCCUGCUCCAAAAAGGCUAAAGAUAUCAAACGUCCCAGAGAAGAAUUGGACCAAAAGAGACCUUAAACCCAACUUUCCAAGCUGGUCAGCACUGGAUUCUGGACUUUUGAAUCUCAAAAGUGAAAAGUUGAACCCAGUAGAACUCUUUGAAUUAUUUUUUGAUGACGAAACAUUCAGCUUGAUUGUCAAUGAAACCAAUAAUUAUGCAUCUCAGAAAAAUGUCAACUUGGAAGUCACAGUUCAGGAAAUAAGGUGUCUGUUUGGGAUCUUGCUUUUGAGUGGAUUUGUGAGGCGUCCCAGAAGGGGAAUGUAUUGGGAAAUCUCUGAUACCGAUCAGAACCUAGUCAAGGAUGCAAUUAGAAGGGACAGAUUUGAAUUGAUUUUCUCAUACCUACAUUUUGCAGAUAACAACCACCUAGAUCAAAAAGAUAAGUUUACAAAGUUGAGGCCUCUCAUAAAGCAAAUGAAUAGAAAUUUCCUCCUCUAUGCUCCCCUUGAAGAACACUAUUAUUUUGAUAAGACAAUGUGUGAAUGCUUUGAUAGUGACCAAUUCCUGAAUGGGAAACCUAUUAGAAUUGGCUAUAAAAUUUGGUGUGGCACAACCACACAGGGUUAUCUGGUUUGGUUUGAGCCCCAUCAAGAAGAAUCAUCAGUGAUGGUGGAUAAGGAUCUUAACCUUGGUUUAGGUGGAAAUCUAGUGAUGCAUUUUGCUGAUGUCCUUUUAGAGAGAGGCCAAUAUCCCUAUCACCUGUGUUUUGAUAGCUUCUUUACAAGUGUCAAAUUGGUGUCAGCCUUGAAGAAGAAAGGAGUGAGGGCAACAGGAACAAUUCGUGAGAACAGGACUGAAAAAUGUCCCCUUAUGAAUGCAGAACAUAUGAAAAAAAUGAAGAAGGGGUAUUUCGAUUUCCAAGUCGAAGAAAACGAGGAGAUAAUUUUGUGUCGUUGGCACGGAGAUGGCAUCAUCAGUCUGUGCUCCAAUGCCGUAGGCAUAGAACCGGCCAGUGAGCUAAGUUGUGCCGAUGAUGAGGAGAUCCAUCAGAUAGCUCAACCGUCUAUAGUGAAAUUGUAUGAUGAAUGCAAGGAAGGUGUAGCUAAAAUGGAUGAAAUCAUUUCCAAAUACAGGGUGAGAAUAAGAAGCAAAAAAUGGUACUCAAUUUUAGUGAGCUACAUAAUUGAUGUAGCCAUGAACAAUGCAUGGCAGCUACACAGAGCCUGUAACCCAGAUACCUCUCUAGACCUCUUGGAUUUUCGGAGAUAUGUUGCACAUUUCUACUUGGAGAACAAUGCUAAUCUAUCAGAUUAAGGCAGAUAAAAUGAGCAUAAUGCUAAUAUUAACAAGAUAAAAUCACAGAUAUAUAUCAGAUUGUGCCCUUCCAAAGCAAACCUGAUGUAAAGUUUCAAAGAAGUAAUUUAAAAAAUUGUAUUGACUGAGUGCUACACCUUUUUCUAUGACUAAUUUUGGUGUGAAACAUGUGGGAAAUAACUUGGAUUAAUUUGUGCAUUGAAAGAAGGAAAUUGUGUCUCUCUAA